CUGGCGGCGAGGCGCCGAACUGGGUGGGGCUAUUGUGAGUGGAGCCUAGUUGAACUAUUUUGUCCCUUUCCGCUCUCCGUGUGAAGUCCUGGGCAGAGAGGGUCACAGCUAUGGCGGCCGUUAGGAUGGGAAAGCUGACGACCAUGCCAGCAGGUCUAAUAUGUGCAUCUAUAUGGGUGCAUGCAGCCAAAGAAGAGGAGUCCAAAAAGCAGCUAGUGAAACCAGAGCAGCUCCCCAUAUAUACUGUACCACCUCUCCAAUCUAAAUAUGUUGAAGAGCAGCCUGGUCAUUUACAAAUGGGCUUUGCAUCCAUUCGCACUACAACUGGUCGUUAUAUUGGCUGGUGCAAGGAUGUUUAUGCCUUUGUGAAAAAUGGGAUAAUGGAUACAGUACAAUUUGGAAAAGAUGCAUAUGUCUAUUUGAAGAAUCCACCUCGAGAUUUUCUUCCGAAAAUUGGAGUGAUUACAGUUUCAGGAUUGGCAGGCUUCAUUUCAGCGAGAAAAGGUCUGAAGUGGGUCUCUUGGAGACAGCAUAUAUAUGGGUCUUGUUUUUGUAUCCAUUCAGCCAGUCUGUGUCUUUUGGUUGAUGUAUUUAGUCCACUUACAUUCAAGGUAACCGGCAAAAAGGCAUAUGCUACAAGCCAGCAAAUUUAUGAAGGAGUUAAAUCUUUGUGGACAAAAAACAACAAAAAAGAGUCAGUUCCUGAACCUAAAGAAAAAACUAAGAUCGGAAGCUCUCAUGAAAUGGAAAUACCUUCAAAAACAACUUACAACCUGAAACAUUCAGUGCCUUUGUCAACAGAACUCAGCUCUGAAACAAAGACCAAAUCAGAAUCCACCUCAGGUGCUACACAGUUUAUGCCUGACCCCAAGCUCAUGGAUCACGGGCAGUCCCAUCCAGAAGAUGUAGAUAUGUACAGCACUAGAAGCUGAAAUAGUCUGCAUAGAGAACUACAAGAUGUGUGAAGUUGCGAAUAAUGAUGAAAAAAUCAUGUAAUGGGGUAACUGUGACACAUACAGUAUAAUUUAAACCAGGUUUUUCCCUUACAUCUUCUAAUGCACAGUUUGACAAAUCAUAUAACUGAUUAAAACACAAAUUGAACAUAAUCCAAACAAUAUUAAAUGAUCAAUGAGGCAGAGGUAGAAGUAUUAGGAUGCAUUUGGUGACUUUUAAGGAUAUUUUUAAAAAAAUAAAAAGAACUAUAUGAGCACUGAUGAGACUAAAAUCUGAAAAAAUAUGUAUGUGUAUAUAUAAAUAUGUAUACAUAUACACAUAUAUAUCUGCUUUAGCUUUUCUGAAUUAAUGUCAGUUAAAUUAGAAUGGUGCAUGGAAGGAUGUGUUCUCUCCCCUGCCCUUUGUUUUUCAUUUCCCAGAGCUGGAAUAAAAUAUCCAUAUUUUAUGACACUUG